GGGCACAGAUGGCUUGAAUGUCUACGGACUCGUAAAUCAAUGUAGGCAGUCAGCUAAACAUGGCUGAGGAGUUGAUGGUAGUGCUACGGAGGAGUGAUUCUUGUGGUUUAGGUUUUUCACUUUUAGGCACAGCUGGAUUACCACCUAUAAUUUAUGACAUCAUUGAAAACUCCCCCGCUGCAGAGAGUGGUGAGGUAGAGGCGGGAGACGUCAUCGUCAAGGUCAAUGAGACGGACGUUGACAGGUUCAGCACCAAAGAGGUGCUCAAGUGCCUGCGGCUGUCGGCGGACCCGGUGCGGCUGCGCCUGAAGCGCGACCCCGUGAUCAAGGCGCGCGUGCGCAGCUUCCUGGCGGGCCGCGAGGAGCCCGCGCGGCCGCGGCCGCCCCCCGCCGCCCCCGGCGCCGCCUCCCCGGCGCCCGCCGUCCCGGCCGCCGGCGACGCCGCCUCCCCCACCGGCGCCGCGCAGCAGCGCCCGCCGCAGCCGCGCUGCGAGGCCUUCAUGAUGACGGGCGACGUCAUCCUCAACCUGUCGCGCACGCAGCACAGCUGCGCUGCCGCCGCCGUGCUGCCCCGCAACUCGCACAAAAAGGUGGACAGCUUACGGCAGCACUCGUACCCAGCAACGUCUGCAGCGGACGCAGCGUUUCACCACUACCACCACCACAACUCCGUGCCGACGAGCCCCAGCGAAGCGGAGCUGGGCGGCCGGCACGCGCUCAGCAACUCUGCGGGGGCGUCGCCUGUGGGGCGGCGCGACGAGGCGGCGCCCCCUGCAGCAGCAGCAACUGCCUACAGCGCCGUGCGCACCUCGCGCUCGGAAGAUCACCUGCAGCUCGCUAAGGACCCAUCCCUCAGUGCCGUCGACAUAGACAUCGAUGAGGACGUGACAUCCUCACUGAACACAUUGUUGGAUCCACAUGCAGACAGCGGUGGAACACCCACUUCAGGUGGUGCAGGUAUGGCUUCAGGAGCAAGAGCUUUGUCCCCAUCUGGUACGGCUGCUGCUGCUGCCGAGCGCAUAGUAUGGACAUAUAAUGCGCGGAGUGACAGCAGCUCUGGCGAGGUCAGCCCCAACUCCCCGACCUCUGUCAGCUCAUCUGUCAUGUCGAGUAAUUCCAGCAACACAGCACCUACACCUGCAUCUUCAUUGCCACCUGGUGGUGGGGGGCACGGUCCACCCCUUAACGGUGACCUUUCGCAGUCUGAAGCAGUUUCCAACAUCUCUAGCCCCGACUUCCAGGAGGAGGAGACGUUAGACAUACUGAGCGCGCGGGACCUAAUGGAGGUCAGCGAUCCGAGCGACAGCGAUUCGACGUUGCUUGCCAGUGAGCGCAACAGCCACGCGAUGACGGCUGCGGAAACAGCUGAACAUCGCAUUGUCAUCCAAGUGCAAGGUCCACCUCGCACGAAUGCCGUAAUGGAUGGCACGCCAGCCACUACUCCAGAGUUCUCAGGCUAUCAGAUUUGCAAUAUGCAGGGCAAUGAGCUCAGAGAAUCGGAAGAUGAACUUACAACUCUGAGUGAAGAUGCCACAGCAUUAACAGCUGUUACAAACAAGGCUGUAUCACCACCACUGUCAUCGGAAGAUGAAAGUGAUAUUGAAAGCCUCCAUAGCUUUCACUACAGCCCAAAGGCAGUCGAUAUACCAUCUGCAAUUCGUCUCGCUAAGAGGUUAUACAUGUUGGAUGGAUUCAAAAAAUCGGAUGUAUCUAGACACCUCAGUAAAAACAAUGACUUCAGUCGUGUUGUUGCUGAGGAGUACCUGAAAUAUUUCAAUUUUGAGGGUGACACACUGGAUAUAGCCCUUCGCAAGUUCCUAAAGCAGUUCAGUUUGACAGGAGAGACGCAGGAGCGGGAAAGAGUUCUUGUUCAUUUUUCAAAACGCUACCUUGACUGCAACCCAGGCACAUUUAAUUCGCAAGAUGCUGUUCACACUCUGACAUGUGCCAUAAUGCUUCUCAACACGGAUCUUCACGGUCAAAAUAUUGGUCGCAAGAUGACAUGCACGGAAUUCAUUGAAAAUCUCUCGGAACUGAAUGAUGGUGACAACUUCCCAAGAGAGGUGCUCAAACAGCUAUACCAGGCAAUUAAAUCUUAUCCACUUGAAUGGGCAUUAGAUGAUGAUGCUGGCAGUGAUGAAUGCAGCCUCCCAGCAAAGCAAGCUGAUGGGCAGCAUAGCCUUUCAGCUAGCAAUCCCUUCCUUGAUGUGCCUAAUGCUGCUACAGCAGUUGAGUACAAGAAAGGCUAUGUUAUGAGAAAGAGCUGUAUUGAUCCAAAUGGGAAGAAGACGCCUUUUGGGAAGCGUGGGUGGAAAAUGUUCUAUUGCACGCUACGUGAUAUGGUACUGUAUCUCCAUAAAGAUGAGCAUGGAUUUCGUAAAAGUGCUCUGAGUGAUAACUUGCACAAUGCAAUCCGUAUACAUCAUUCCUUGGCUACGAAAGCCACUGACUACACCAAGAAACAGCACGUCUUUCGAUUACAGACUGCUGACCAGGCAGAGUAUUUGUUUCAGACAAGUGAUUCAAAGGAACUGCAGUCAUGGAUAGACACCAUCAAUUUUGUGGCUGCCAGUUUCUCAGCCCAACCUUUGGCCAGUGCCGUGGGAUCUCAGCGGAAGUUCCAGAGGCCUCUCCUUCCCUGCAGUCAUACAAAACUAAGUCUGCGAGAACAACUACGUGACCACGAAGAGCGUGUGCAACGUCUGGAGUCACAGCUGGAAGAGCACCGGCGAAAUCCCCCAGACCGCUCAGCUCGGGGCCUUGUGCUGCACAAUUACCGGGAGAAGGAUGCGUACCUGCAUCACGAGUUGAAACGGUACAAGACCUACGCAUACCUUUUACGAUCUCGUAUGGCACAGUUCCCCGAACUGGAAGCGACACUGGCAGAGGCGACGGCAACUGCUGCUGGCUUCGGUGAUGUGGAUGCAGAAGAGAGUGUUCCUGUCGUGUCGCCUGCUAGGUCUCCUGCCACCAACAGUGAAUGAUUUAUUGUUUUGCAUGCUGACCAUUUGAGGAUGAGUAAGUGUCACAUAUUGGAUGUCAACAUUGAAGAUUCCAUUAAGGAAUGAACCAAAGUGGCACAUUGUAGUAGAGGAAAGUGUUUUCAUGAAUCCAUUCCUUUCCCAAACUGGAAUCUUAAUUUGAUUUUUCUGAUGUUUUUCCAAGUUCGAUAAAUGCCAAAGAUAGACUGCAUUUUGUCAUUUGUAAGUGUAAUGUGGCAUGUACAAGCACUAAGUUUGCAUACCAGAAGUAAUACUGCAGGUCAGACUGUAAAUGAACCUUGGUAUAUUUCUUACUUCUGUAGACUGUCAUAUUUGUUAACAGACUGAAUAUUAUUAGAUGUUUAUAUUUUUCUUAUGUUUUAUAUUAUUUAUAGAAAAAGCAAAUCUUGCCUCAAAAUAUGCGUGUUGUGAAAGUUUUGUAUUGUGGAAUGUGGGAGAAAGUUGUCAGUUAAUGAACAAUUACUAUGAAGUAAUUAUCCUGCUCAAAAAUUGAUGGCAAACAGAAUCUUUGAAUAUGAACCUGAGUAAUAUUUUUUAAAGGAUGUUGCAAUUUGUAAUUGCAUGUUUUUCAAGCAUGUUACAGUUUCAUUAAAUUUUUAUUUAAGAAAAAUAAGUUUUCGUACAUCUUUUAUGUGUUGUUAGUUUCUGCCACAAUCAUGACAUACUUUAAAUGGUUUUGAUUGUGCCAACUUAAGAGUUUGAACUGGUGGCCAUAAAACUUCCAUUGCUGAAGUCAAUUUAGUAUUGAUUCUAAGACUUAUGUGUAUUUGUAAAUAGUGGAGGAAAAAAUGAAUACUUAUUCUUUUUAUUUCCUUUUUAUAUGCAAAUGAAUGUCAGAUUAAUUUUAUACUGUUUCCAAAAAACACAGACCAGUUACGUCAAGAAGGAAAGUAUGUUCUUGACUUCACUUAGGAUGAAGUUUUUAUGCUACCUUCCAAAAUCUCAUCAUCCAUUCAGCUCUCCUUUUCUGCUUACAGUGUUGUGUGUGUCUUUCUUGUGUUUUUUGACAGAAAUCUGUUGAAUAGAUUUUGUUCACUCCAUAGUAAAGCAGCAAACCAGUCUUUCCUUCAUUCCAUUUCACAUAUUGUUGUUUGGUUUGAGCCUAUAUGUGUAGGUGCUAUUAUUUAUUCUUAAUGAAUAAUGUUAAUAAAUACAA